AUGGGGGAAGAAGAUACAAAGGCAACCGUUGAGCCAACAGCAAGCAAGACUAGCUCUCUUGAAAAGCCAUCAGAGGCCGUUGCUGACAAAAAGGAGGAGGUGAUUGCUGGAGGCAAGGAAACACAAGCUGAACCAGAGAAGAUGGAGAUAGAUGCUGAGGUAAAGAAAGAUGAAGAAAAAGGUGAGACGGAGGAAGUUAAAGGAAAUGAAGACAAUGGUGAGGCUGAGAAAAUGGAGGAAGAGGUUAAGGUCACCAAAGAGGAGGGACAAGCAGAUGCUACUAUCCACAUGGACGAAGAUGCUGAUGGAAAGAAAGAGAAGACUGAUGAUGUUGUUUCUGGAUGUGUUGCAGCGGAAGAUACUGUGAGGAAGGAAAACGUUGAAUCUGAGGACAAGGACAGUGCCAAAGAUGAAGGGAAGCAAGACACCAAAGAGGCAAAUGUUUCUGAAGCUGACCACAAGAAAGCUGGGAAAGAAUCAGAGGAGGACCUAAAAGAUGAAGGUGACAAAGCCAAUGGAAAGAAAGAUGAAGCGAAACUGGUAGAUGGAGACAAAGAGAUAGAAAAGGUUGAAAAAGUAGAGGAUGUGAGUGACAUUAAAGGAGAGACUGUGAAGGAGCAGAAUGAGGAGGAUUUGGUUGAAGAAGGUAAGGAAAAGGAAGAUAAGGAAGAAAACAAAAGAGAGGAGGUUGAGGCGGCAAAGGCUGAGGUGGAAGAUGAAAAAGAAGGAAAUGAGGAUGAGAAUGACAUUGAAAAAGCGGAGAGCAAAGAUGCAAAGGAAGAUGAGAAAGCAGAGAUCGGUGAUGAUAAGGAAAAUGAAAAAGAAGAGAGCAAGGGUUCUACAAAGCGUGGUAAAGGAAAGAGCGCUGGCGAAAAGUCUCGCGAGAAGACAAAAAACACUGCAGAGAAAAAGGAGGCAGAACCUAGGACUCCUUUCUCUGAUCGCCCUGUGCGUGAGCGGAAGUCUGUUGAGAGGCUUGUCGCGUUGAUUGAUACAGACUCUUCCAGAGAAUUCCGUAUUCAAAAGGGGCAAGGUGUAUGUCUCAGAGAUAUUCCUAAUGUUGCUUACAAGUUACAGUUGAAGAAGUCUGAAGAAACUUUGAAGCUGCUGCACCCAAUUCUAUUUAGUGGGAGGAGAGGAAAGGCUGCUCAGAUCAAGACUAACAUAUUGGGCUUCUCUGGUUUUGUUUGGCAUGGAAAUGAGGAAAAAGCAAAAGAGAGAGUGAAAGAGAAGUUUGAUAAAUGCAUCAAAGAAAAACUCUGGGAGAUUUGUGAUGUGUUUGACAUACAUAUUACCAAGGCUACAACAAAGAAGGAAGAUAUCAUUACCAAACUGAUCGAGUUUUUGGAGAAGCCUCAUGCGACAAGCGACGCUCUAGUUAAUGAGAAAGAGAAGUCGAGCAAGGGAGCAAAACGCAAGAGAACUCCCAAGCAGAGUUCACCUGCAGCUGGGACUUCAUCCUCCAGACGAUCAGCAAAGAGCCAGAAAAAGUCUGAAGAAGGAAAAAAGGGUAUCAAAAAGAGGUUACCCCAAUCUGAUGAUGAGUCGGAAGAGGAGAAAGAGGAGGAAGAAGAAGAAGAAAAACAAGAGGAGGAGAAGGUAGAAGAGGAAGAAGAGAAUAAAGAGGAGGAGAAUGAAAAUGGCAUUCCUGAUAAAUCUGAGGAUGAGGCGCCUCAGCCUUCUGAAAGCGAGGAGAAAGAUGAAUCUGAAGAAGAAACUCCUAAGAAGAAACGUGGUUCUAGAUUGUCAGCUGGGAAGAAAGAAUCAUCAGGGAGAGCUAGAAACAAGAAAGCGACAGUCGCUGCAAAAUCCAGCCCACCAGAGAAAGUUACACAGAAGCGAUCAGCAGGAAAAAGAAAGAAGACUGAUGAUGACAGCGAUGCAAGUCCAAAGGCAUCCUCCAAGAGGAAGAAGUCUGAACAAACUACCAAGGCCUCCCCUGCCCCUUCAAAGUCUGCAUCUAAAGAGAAGCAAGAAGUGAAAAAGGAUGGAAAAGGGAAAGACAAAACCAAAGAGCCUACGGACAAAGCGCUGAAGAAUGCUAUCACUGAGAUCUUGAAAGGGGUGGACUUUAGUACGGCUACAUUCACGGACAUCCUCAAGAAACUUGGUAAGGAGUUCAAAGAAGAUCUCACCCCAAGAAAGUCAUCCAUAAAGCUGAUGAUCCAAAGCGAGCUCAAAAAAUUAGCAGAAGAGGCUGGAGAAGAGGAGGAAGAGAAGGAGGAGAAGAAAGAAGAGGAUGAAGAGAAGGAGAAAGCAGGAGGGUCUGGUGGUGGUGGUGGUGGUGGUGAGGAGGUGAAAGCCUAA